AAGACAUCGCGCGUGAACUGAACAUUUGCAGUACAUAAUAAAAGUAGUUUAUUCAAGUGUUGACCGAAUAGGAAAAGAGGGGAAUUAUUAGAUAUAUGCUCACAAAGGAAACCAACAGUCUUAGUUAACGUAAUUUACUCUGGUACGGUGACCUAGUCGUUAGUGGAUACAGCCCCCAACCGCUAAGCCUUGGUUCGAAUUCCGAUCGGCCCGCUUCGACUUCAGCCACCGGAUAGUAUCAUUAGCCUUCACACUUCGAGCUUGAAUCAUACUCAAAUAUCUAGUGAACAAACUAAAAAAUGAAAAUCGUCAUAAUAAUUUAUUUAACAUUUAUUUGUUAUUAAACAAUGAUAUAUAUGAUUAGUGAGAUUCUCCAUUAACGAAUUACACCCGUGACUGUUACAAAUAAAUUUGUACUGGCGAAUUAAUUGCGUUUGAGUGUGUGCAUUCGAUUCCAGUUCUAACAAAUCUUUGUAAGGUGGUUGCCACGGUAACAAGUUUUGAUUUAAAUUCUUUUAGAUGUCACGUCUGUCAGUUAACCACAGGUUAGAGACCAUUGUAUCAUUGGAUACGAAAACAAAAGAACUGAUUGUUGAAAUUGAAAACAUUAGUAAAGGAAUCAAUAAUACGAAAUCUUGUCGAGAAAAACUAGAUUGUUACCAAACUAGAAUUAGAGAGAAUCUCGUAACUAUUAAUUCGAUUUUGGAUGAAUUGCAAACGUUCGGACGUGAAACAAACAUUUCAUCUACAAACAGGACACUGUAUGAAGCAAUUGUUCAGAAUAAAAAACAACUCUUUACACUGCAGGAUCGAUAUCGUAAGGCUAUCUUUGCAGCCAAUUCAACUUUAGAAACUGUUGAAAGGGCUGAACUUACUAAUCGUUCGUCAAGAACUGAAAUCGGUAACAAGAUUUCCAAUUUAGAAGAACAGUAUCAAAACUCAUUGGAACUUACUCAAGAUAUGACGAGGUAUGCUAGACUUCUAGCGGAAGAAGUUCAACGUGGAGCUGUUAAUGCUGAAUUACUUGAAAAUUCGUCAAAUAAAUUAAUCUCGAAUUAUUCUGAACUGAAAGAAAUGGCUGGACAUAUGAAUCAGUCGAAACAUUUAACAUCUUUAGCUCGUCGGCGUCGUUUUACAGAAAGAGUGCUUUUCUUUCUAGCAUUUUCAUUUUUCUUUUUAAGUUGUGGAACUAUAUUUUUACAUAGGAUACCUAUGGGACAUUGGUUUUUGCCAUCUAGUUAUUAGUUUUCUAAUAAUUGUCUAGUUUUCUAUGGAAUUAUUUAUGCAUAAUUAAAUUGAGUUACUUGUACAUCUUCUUUGCGUUGUCCUUUACCUAUUACAUUAUUUCCUUAAUUCUGUUAUCUCGAUUCCUCUUCGACUUUUUUUCUAUACUCUUCAAUUCAAUCUCCUGCUACCAGGCAUUCCACUUCUGAUUGGGGAUACAUACUACUUAUAUCUGUCAGCCCAAGUAGCAUACACCAGAUGUAUAUUACUACAGAUUCUAUUUUUUAUGUAUAAAAACUACUGUUCGUCUUAAUUUCAAUGUAUAAAUUAAACUAAUAUUUCCGAAUGUUUGUUUUUGGUUAUCUUUGUAUAACUGUAUGAAACAAAUAUAUUAAUUUUUUCAUAUGGUAAGUUACCCAAAUUGAUUACCUUCUUAUCAGCCUAACUUAGACAGAAAUCGAUUGUUCAGCAGGUCGAUCAAUCUGUGCUAAUCUU